AUGGCGGACAUCCAGCACAUACCGUCGGACCUUUAUCUUGUUUCGAAUGAAGAUUCCGUUUACGAGCAAGACAUUCUCCGCGAUCCUACACGUGUGAAACCAUGGCUCGAGUAUAUCGAUUUCAAGACUCGCCAUGGAAGCGUCAUAGAGCGAGCUUUUGUAAUGGAGCGUGCUUGUGUUAAGCUGCCACGAUCAUACAAGCUCUGGAAACUCUACCUUUCAUUUCGCGUGAAACAUAUUUCAAAACUCAAUCCAGCAAUCCAUGCCGCCGAAUAUCGAAAAGUCAACGCUCUAUUUGAGAGGUCUUUGAUCCUGCUACACAAGAUGCCGUCAAUAUGGGAAAUGUACCUCAAGUUUCUAAUGAAGCAGCCCGUGGUCACGCUUAGUCGACGGACGUUCGACCGGGCUCUUCGAGCACUACCAAUUACGCAGCACAAUCGCAUAUGGUCACUAUAUCUUUCCUUCGCUAACGCAGCUUCUGGAGAAACCGCCGUCAAAACAUGGCGAAGAUAUAUGCAAGUUCACCCGGAAGACGCCGAGGACCUCAUCGAGCUGCUUGUUCUACGAGGUGGGUAUACUGAAGCAGCAAAGCGGUACAUAGACAUUCUGAACGAUACCCGGUUCUCAAGCAAGCGAGGAAAGGGGCACUAUGAACUUUGGAGCGAGAUGGUUGAAAUGCUCGUGGAACACGCCCCCGAGGUCGAAACAAGCUAUGAAAAUGGUAUUGAUGUAGAGGGCAUCAUCAGGUCUGGCAUAGUUCGGUUUGGUGACCAAAGAGGAAAACUUUGGGUUGGGCUUGCCACGUAUUGGAUUAGGAGAGGGAGCUUUGAGCGAGCCCGUGACGUUUUUGAAGAAGGCAUCACAACUGUCAUGACAGUCCGAGACUUUACUCUCAUCUUCGAUGCCUAUGCUGAAUUUGAGGAGUCUAUUAUUGGCGCCUUGAUGGAUGCUUCGGCGUCUCGAGCUGGGAAAGGUAUUGAGAGUGAAGAAUCAGACUUGGAGCUUGACAUACGGAUGAUGCGAUUCGAGAACCUAAUGGACCGCCGUCCAUUUCUUCUCAACGACGUCUUACUCCGACAGAACCCCAACAAUGUACCGGAGUGGGAGAAGCGAGUUGCUCUCUGGGGCGAUAAGAAGGUUGAGGUUGUGCAGACCUACACCGACGCGAUUACGACGAUCAAUCCGAAGAGGGCUGUAGGCCCAUUUCACCAACUGUGGGCUAACUAUGCCAAAUUCUACGAGCGGGGUGGGGAUAUUAGAAAUGCUCGUAUCAUCAUGGAAAAGGCCGUCAAAGUUCCAUUCAAAUCAGUCGCAGAGCUGGCUGAUAUGUGGAUCGAAUGGGCUGAAAUGGAACUCCGGAAUGAGAAUUUUGACGAUGCUGUUCGAGUCAUGGCUAAGGCUAUACAGGCACCGAAGAGGUCCAACGUCGAUUAUUUUGACGAGGCUUUGUCUCCUCAACAGCGAGUACACAAGAGCUGGAAGCUUUGGAGUUUCUACGUGGACCUGGUGGAAAGCGUUUCGACUUUGGACGAAGUGAAAAAGGUAUAUGAGCGCAUCUUCGAGCUCAGGAUUGCAACUCCUCAGACCGUUGUGAAUUAUGCCAAUCUCCUCGAGGAGCAUAAAUAUUACGAGGAGUCAUUCAAGAUUUUCGAGCGUGGUCUAGAUCUCUUCAGCUACCCAGUGGCUUUUGAGCUGUGGAACCUAUACCUUACCAAAGCUGUCGACAGGAAGAUCGGCAUCGAGAGAUUGCGGGACCUCUUCGAGCAGGCGGUUGAGGAUUGCCCGCCCAAAUUUGCCAAGACUAUUUAUCUGAUGUAUGGGAAUUUGGAGGAGGAGCGUGGCCUCGCACGCCAUGCAAUGCGGAUCUACGAGAGAGCAACGCGUGCAGUUUCCGAUGAAGAUCGGGCUGAUAUGUUCAACUUCUACAUCACCAAGUCGGCCUCUAACUUCGGUCUACCAUCAACAAGGCCCAUUUACGAACGAGCCAUUACAGCUCUCCCUGACAGCGAAGCGAAAGAAAUGUGUCUCAAAUUCGCGGAUAUGGAGAAGCGACUGGGUGAGAUUGAUCGGGCAAGGGCCAUAUAUGGACAUGCGUCCCAAUUCUGCGACCCUCGAACAAAUGUCGACUUCUGGACCAAGUGGGAACAAUUUGAAGUCCAGCAUGGCAACGAGGAUACAUUUAAAGAAAUGCUACGGAUCAAGCGGAGUGUGCAGGCAAAAUACAACACUGAUGUGAACUUUAUCGCAUCACAAGCCCUGGCACGCAGCCUACAUAAACCUGAAGGCUCCCCAGGUGUGGAGACUACAGAUCCCAUUGCAGCUCUAGAAAGGCAAUCCUCAACGCUACACGGCUUCGUGUCUGCCAGCACGGGGCUCAAAGAAAUGCAGAGGGCACAGGAUGCUCAGCCAUCAAAUCCAGAUGCUAUUGAUAUAGACAAUCUCGACGACUAA